AUGCGUGCUGGUGUUUUCGACAGCAAAGGCAGUGGAAGAGUGGACGCUGUUCCUUUCUUCCUUUCACACUCCUACUUGGCAGCGGCUCUGCUGCUUCAGUACUUGGCACCGCAUCCGACUGCGGUGUUGGGCGCUGUCCUCAAAGAAGAUGAUUCCGGCAGGCUGGUAAUUAACCCCACAGACCCCGAACGGCGUCGACGUGCAAGGCCUGCACAACACGUUGCAAGGCUUCAGGACGAGAUCGCCAGCAUGAAAGACUUGCUGAACAGGAAUUCGCUCAGGUGCGACGUGGACUCGGGCAUUGCAGACGUUCUUGGCGACGACGAAAUGCGAACAGAAUGCCAGAACGACUUCAAAGGAAACGCGUGGUUUCCAAAGGCAGUGGACGUGCUGUUUGUCUCCAACACGGGCGAGUGGAUCGCGCACGAAGGUGCGCUGGCCGGCGAUUCCCUUCAAGCCCUCUUCUCAGACGUCCCGGUGCCGUGCAGCACCGGCUGUCUGAAGCUGCAACGUGUGUCCGCCAAAGGAAGCAGAUGCGACGAAGACGUGUUGAUGGCGAUGGCACGGCUCCGACUCCAUGUAUGGCGAAAGCACACGCGGCUUCGCGUGGAGUUUUGGUCACAACGCCCGCCGUCCAUUGGACGACGUGGGCGAAACUGGGUCGCUGAGGCCCUUGCGUACAUCCGCCAACGCAGAGCAACAAGAGAACGAAAGAACUACGGGCAGUUCAAUACUUCAAUGCAAUGUUUCAUUGGUGGUUGUGACGACUUCUGUGAUGACAACUGCAACGCUGGCUGCGAUUACGGCUGCGAUUAUUAUUGCGACUCUGGAUGCGACUCGAGCUGUUCGACCAACUGUACGAGCUGUGAUGACAGCUGUGAUUCCAGCUGCGUCAUUUUUAGCCUUGGAUGCGACAGCAGUUGCGACAGCAGCUGUGAUUACUGUGUCACCACCUGCGACGACUCCUGCGACACCUCGUGCGACGGAGGCUGUGACGAGGGCUGUGAUAUCUGCUACAGCGGAUGCGACUCUGGCUGCGACAUCUGCUACGACAGCUGCGAUGAUUGUGCGUUUGUCUUAUGA